AUGCCUUCAUCUUAUCCUCCUUCCCUAUUUCAUGACGUGUUCCUGAGCUUCAGGGGUGAAGACACACUCCAGAGCUUCACCAGACACCUAUCUGCCGCUUUGACUAAUGCUAGUAUAACCCUAUUCAGAGAUGAUGCUGUACUCGUACGUGGUAAGAACAUCACUGCCGAAUUGUUUAAUGGAAUCCAUAGGUCUAGGAUUUCCGUAAUCAUCUUCUCAAAAGAGUAUGCAUCUUCGAAAUGGUGUCUUGAUGAACUGGUUUGCAUAAUGGAAUGCUGGAAGGCGGAAGAUACAUUGGUUUUGCCAAUAUUUUAUGGUAUUGAUCCCUCAGACAUCAGGAAUCAAAAGGGCAGAGUUGCAGAUGCACUGGAGAGGCAUUCUAGCCGCUUCGAGGUGCAACCCCAGAUGGUGCUCAAAUGGAGGGCGGCACUGACUCAGGCUGCCAACAUAUGCGGGUGGGAUACUAAAAAGCAACGGAAAGCUGAGUUGAUCCAUAACAUUGUUAAGUCUAUACAAAGUAAAGGACUUCCAACAAGGCUGAACAUUUCCAUAUAUCCCCUCAGAUAUGAUAAGUGUGAUGAAUAUCUAAAAGUCUUUAUGCAAGCAGGAUCACAGGAAGUUGUUAUAGUAGGGAUCUGUGGACCAGGCCAAAUGGGAAAGACGGCAAUGGCCAGAGUUAUAUAUGACCAAAUUCUACACAAUUUUGAUGGCGGCUGCUUCCUCGCAGAUGUUGGCCAAAGAUCACAUCAACUCAACUAUUUGGUUCGUCUACAAGAAACACUUCUUUCUGAAAUUCUCUCAGAAAGGAAUGUAAAUAUCUCAGAUACUAGAAUGGGAAUAGAUCUAAUAGCACAAACUUUGUGCUCCAAAAGGGUUUUAGUUGUUCUGGACAAUGUGGAUGAUUUGAGGCAAGUAGAUGCACUGAUUGGUGAUCGCAAAGUUUUCGGUCCAGGAAGUAAGAUCAUCAUAACAACUAGAGAUGUUCAUCUGCUAGAACUGUUUGGAGUGGAUCAGUUCAUUUUGGCUCAAGGCCGUCCUCUACCAGAAAAUGUUGCGGGUAUCUGGGAGCCAUAUCAGCGAAGUCAUUGCGUAGUUGCAGGGCUUAAAGACUACAUUGAGACCUUUAAUCAUCAGGUUGGGUGGCCUCAGAUAUUCAAAAUCGAUCCUAACUUGAGUCCUUUACAGUCCAUCUCUACUACAUAUUGUAACAGUGUGAUUGGCUCCAUCACUUGUAGAGACUAG